AUGUCGUCAACACCACCCCACAAAGAAGCCGUCAAAGACGAAACAACCGUCGAAGUCCCCCACGAUGAAGAACUCGGCGAAGGCCAGCUUAAGCGUCAUCUGCAGAAUCGACACAUGCAGAUGAUUGCUAUCGGCGGUGCCAUUGGAGCUGGUCUUUUCGUCGGUUCUGGAAGUGCUCUUCACAAGGGUGGUCCAGCAGCGCUUGUCAUUGGAUACCUCAUCAUUGGUGUCAUGUUGCUGUGUACAAACCUUGCUCUUGCAGAGAUGGCUGUCUUGUACCCUGUCAACGGUGCCUUUUACACGUACAUUGUUCGCUUCGUUGAUCCUUCUUGGGGAUUUGCUUGUGGUUGGGAAUAUGCCCUUUCCUGGCUCACUGUCCUCCCCUUCGAAUUGAUUGCUGCGUCUAGAACUAUUGAGUUUUGGAGAACUGAUAUUCAUAUGGCUGUUUGGGUCUCUGUCUUCCUCGUCGCUCUAACCAUCGUUCAAAUCUUUGGUGUUCGUGGUUAUGGAGAAGUCGAAUUUGUUCUCUCUGCUAUCAAGAUCGCUGCUUGUCUUGGCUUCAUCAUCCUCGGCAUCAUCAUCAACUGCGGUGGUGUAGGUGAUCAAGGCUACCUCGGAACAAAGUACUGGCACGAUCCUGGUGCUUUUACCGAUUUCAAGGGUUUCUGCGCUGUCUUUGUCGUUGCAGCCUUUGCCUUCGGAGGUACAGAAAUGGUCGGUCUCGCCGCCGCUGAAACAGCCGACCCCCGUAAAUCCGUCCCUACAGCCUCCAAGCAAGUCUUUUGGCGUAUCGCUCUCUUCUACGUCAUCAACCUCUUCAUCGUAGGAACAAUCCUUCGAUCAGACGACGAAAGACUUCUCGGUGCAUCUGGCGCCAACACAAAGGCUUCACCUUUCGUCUUGGCCAUUCAAGAUGCAGGUAUCAAGGUUCUUCCCUCUAUCUUCAACGCGGUUAUUACAAUCUCCGUUCUGUCCGUCGCGAACACAUGUACCUUUGGAUCAACCCGUACCAUGCAGGCUAUGGCUAUGAGAGGACAUGCGCCCAAGUUCCUUACUUACAUUGAUGGCAAGGGACGCCCUAUUUACUGCGUGAUCAUCCAACUCGGCUUUGGACUUUUGGCAUACAUCGGUGAAUCUCCCAAGGGCGGUACCGUAUUUGAUUGGCUCUUGGCCUUGUCCGGUCUCGCGUUCCUUUUCGUUUGGGGAACUAUUUGCCUCGCGCACGCAAGAAUGAGAUCAGGAAUGCGCGCCCAAGGAAUCAACAUGGGUUUGAUUCCUUAUAAAACCCCAUUCGGUGUCUGGGGUAGUUAUCUCGGCGUUUUUCUUAAUGUCCUUGCUCUGGUGGCCACUUUCUACUCGGCCCUUUAUGCGGCUGACGGGUCUCCUCCCAGCGCGGAGUCAUUCUUUAUGUCUUUCCUGGCCGGACCUAUCAUUCUCAUUCUGUACCUUGGAUACAAGGUAUACUCUCGGGAUUGGAAGAUGUACGUCAAGGCUAUUGACAUGGAUCUUCAGACCGGUAUUGUUCUGUUGGAUGAGGAAAUCCCAGAGGAGCCAAAGACGUGGAAGUCUCUUCCUAGACGUCUCCUCUCGGCUAUUAUCUAG